CGGUGUCCCGGCCGGGCGGCCAGUGGCCCGAGGGAGAUGGCAGCUGCCCGGCGCAGGAGGCAGCGAUCGAGCUGGGCGGCGGCUCCGGCCCCCUCCCGGCGCGGGGGAGCGGGGUGAUGGGAGCGGGCCGCUCGCCCGCCCGCCGCAUUUCCAGUUGAGGAAGGUGCAGAGCAUGGAGAAUGAUGAACUUCCGCCAGAGGAUGGGAUGGAUAGGUGUGGGGUUGUAUCUAUUAGCAAGUGCUGCAGCUUUUUACUAUGUCUUUGAAAUAAAUGAGACUUACAACAAACUAGCACUGGAGCACAUUCAACAGCACUCUGAGGAGCCACGAGAAGGAACCACAUGGACACACUCCUUAAAAGCACGACUGCUGUCCCUGCCUUUUUGGCUCUGGACUAUUAUAUUUUUAAUACCGUAUUUACAGAUGUUUUUGUUCCUUUAUUCCUGUACAAGAGCUGACCCCAAAACUGUGGGCUAUUGCAUCAUUCCGAUCUGCUUGGCUGUUGUUUGCAAUCGGCACCAAACAUUGGUGAAGGCCUCUAAUCAGAUCAAUAGAUUACCGUUGAUUGACACUUAAUUCAAUCUCUGAUUUCAGUAGCUGCUUCAGGAACAACACCUAUGUCUGACCUAAUCAUAAGACUGAAGUUCUGAAUGGAGGUUGGAAAGAGCCUUUCCUUUCAAACGGCUAAAUACUGAACAGUACCUGCUUUCUAUUUAAAAAAAAAACAUGCUUUUUUUAAACGUAUGGACUCAUCAUACUAGCCAGAAUAGCAGAGUCCUGUGAGAGACUUGAUGCCUCAUGAUGCAAAAUUGCCACCCUCCCUAUGAAGUAUCCUGGGGAAGUAUGCUUCCGCAAUCAUACUCCACUGUGCAAAUAAAGAUUACGUGCAAGCUUUCCCUUUGAAUCAAUGAAAAUGGACACUUUUGUGGUAAAUGUAAAAGAUUAGAACAUGCUGAUAAAAGCUGCAUUUAACACAUUACUUUGCUUUCUCCUUUUUUAAACACUAUUGCACGCUGAAAUUCUGAAUUAUCCUUUUUAAAAAGAAGAGAAUGAAGUAUGGCUGAACAGCUUUUUAGUGAGGAUAGUCCUUUUCUCUCUCAUAGUAAGUUACAGGCUGCACAAUACCAUAUUUUAUUAGGCAGAAGUUGGGGAGUGGUCUAGGCCCAGAGGUGUGAUGCCUUUAACAUCUUUUCACUGAUACCAAAGAGAGGCUGGUAACUGGCAGUGGACUAGAGGUUCUGCAAAAUUCAUUUUUCUUUAUUUUCUUCUCCAUACUUUUCUCUUAAUGGUAACUGAGUUCACUACUGUUGUGCCUCAUUGUGUGAGUGGAACUAGAACAGCUUUUGGUGAAUUGGGGAAUUAUUAUAAAAAUGGGAGAAGAUGUGUCCAUCAACUCUUUGCUGGAAAACCAGAGAGAUGCAAAUAAAUUAAAGGUUACAAGGAUAUCCAAUCUUUCUUCCAAUUACUUAACAAGUGAGCUAAAUAAUCCCGUUAAUACAGUGAAUACCUGAUUUAUUUUCCAAAAACAUAGAAGUAUUACUGGUGGUUGUCCUAUAUCUUAAUUUCACUCCCCAUUUUCAAUGAUCUUUCUGGCAUAGCAAGUAAUUCUGACAAUUGGGUUACCAUGCUAUUAAUUUAGAAUCAUGGAUUCUAAGGCUAGAAGGGAUUACUGUGAUCAUCUAAUCUGACCUCCUGUAUAAAACAGGCCACAGAACUUUCCAAAAAUAAUUCUUUGAAGAUUUUAGAAGAACAUCCAGUCUUGAUCUUAAAAAGAGUAAUGGAGAAUCCAUCAUGAUCCUUGGUAAACUGUUCCCAUGCUUAAUAACUUACUAUUAAAAAUGGACACCUUAUUUACACUUUGAAUUUGUCUAGCUUCAUCUUCCACUCACUGGCUCAUAUUAUAGCAUUCUCUGCUAGAUUGAAGAGCCCAUUAAUUUUUUUUCGCCAUGCAGGUACUUAGAGACUAUAAUCAAGUCACUUCUUAAUCUUCUCUUUGGUAAGAUGAAUAGAUUGUGCUCAAGUCAUUGGUUCCUAGGAUAGAGUUCCCUAUCAUCUAAAUAGGGCCUACAUUCUUUUUCUAAGAUAUAUACAUUUAGCAAUGUUAAAACACUUAUUCAUUGCUUGUGCCCAGUUUGUCAAGCAAUCAUCUGCUCUGAAUCAGUAACCUGUCCUCUUAAUUAUUUACCACUCCCUCAAUUUGUCAUCUGCAAACUUUAUCAGUAAUGCUUUUAUGUUUUCUUCCAGGUCAGUGAUGAUGGUAAAUACCAUAGGGCAAGAAAUGAUGCCUACAGGACCCCACUGGAAAUACACCCGUUUGACGAUGAUUCCCCAUCAAAUUGAAGCAUCCUAUUUUAGUAUGCCAUAUAGGUGCUUACUUGGUGGCCCCUUUGGUUUUAGUGGAAAUCAAAGUUUCUAUCGUUGCUACACAUUGUCGAGGAGUGCCAGUUAACCAAAUUCAGCAGCAGGCUCUGAGAGUUCCACUUGGCCACUGAGAACAUUGCUUGGCUCAGCAAAUACACAAAGGCUAAAUAAAGUUUCUAGCCCUCAGGGAGAUAACGUUGUGAAUGUUAAACCAGUGCAGGGCUGAGUCUUCUAAGAGGCAGAAGCAAUAGGCCUAAGACAAGAUAGUUUAUACCCCUUUUUGUGUCAAGUUAUGUGAAUUCCACUAUAAUUAUAUUAAAUGUUAACAUACUACUGUACUGCUGGAGCAGAAACAUCCACCUGUUCUGGGACUGCCUGGAUCUUGGGGAGAUUACAAUCACUUCUCCCUCUAGCUGUGCUUUCAGUGUUACUGUGUUUAAACACAGCAGCUAAAACAUUCUUAAUCUUUCAUUUGCAUUUGGAGCAAUUCUGUUUCUGUGGUUUUAAAUGCCAGCGUUGGUGCUAAGAACUGAACAUACAAUCUACCCUUUACAAGAAAGCAAGUGUAAUAAAGUUCUAAUUGCAAAGUGUAAUACCUAAAGAAGGAGUCUUGAAAAAGUAGGAAUAGAAGAAUCAACUUUCUGAAGGCAGAGCUUUAAUACUGUGAUACAAUUUCUUUAAUUUUUUUAAAUCUGUUUAAACCUAUAUAAACUUAUUUUCCAUGUUUCUAAAACUAGAGUAUCUUCUCUACUUUCUAUCAUUAUAUAGGGACCAUGCAGAUACCACUGAGACAAUAGUUCCAUUCACUGAAAUAAGAUGUUUCUAAUACUGCCUUAAAAAAUUCCUUUUGAUUGUUUCCUAGUUAGCCUAUCGGUGGAACUGCUUCUAAGCAUUGGCAGGUAACAAUCCCAGUAGCCAGCUUUGUCAGGCUAUUUCCCAAUGCUUCCUAGAAUGUCCCUUUGUUAACUUGUGUUGCCCAGAAGUGUAGACAAUGUCAAGAAGGGUACAUGGCUCAUGCCACCUCUGCCUUCAGCUUGGAAAAUUCAAACUGGUUCAAUAAGUCCAAAUCCUUUUCUCUUAAACUCUCUUCCUUUACUGUACAGGAUGUUAGCCACUGUGCCGAUAGGUCUGGCUGAAAUGGUGUAAUUUAAAAAAAAAAAAAAAAAGUACAUCCAGAACAUGAAUUUCAAAGUUGCCAGGUACAAAGAAGAAACUAGAUCUGUGCCUCCGUGGGUAGGAUCCUUUGCAGAAGAAUGGCCUAUGAGGAAGGAAGUUUCAAAGAGUAACAAAAAAGGUUGUCUGAUUCAGUGUCAAGCAAUCGAGUGGCCUUUCACAGAUUAGUCAGCUCUUCUAUGUAACAGGCUGAGCCUUUCUGGAUGGGGACAGUAUACAGUAAUGAUUUCAGUAGUUGAUAUUCAUGGAAGAAGGCAGAAUCACUUUCUAUUUAUACUAGUGGAUCCAGAGAGCAUCUGCUAUGGAAAUAGUUAUGCAGAGAAAUGCACAAACGGUAACAUAAUUGGGGAUAUUUAUGAAAGAUUUGAUACUGAGAGGGCUAGUGCAGAGACUGCUCACCAAUAUUUUUACCACUUUACUGUCUAGACCUGCUUUGCACAGGAUUAGAGAAGAGGGUGGUAGAAAUGCAGGGAGUUAGUCACCAACAUUUCUAGCACCAAGGGAGCUGUGUCACUGGGAGAUUUCCUUAAAAUUCAGAGUUGGUAAGAAAUCAAAAUGAAUAUCAAAUUGUCUAAACAGCUAGUUUAAUUAUAGAGUCAUCUUUAAAAAGCAGUUCAUCCUAAAGUCUUUUAGAUACUCGCUAAUGAGAUUCUCACAUUCAUGUAGAACCACAGCUUCUUUAGAAAUUGCAUAACUUUAGACUUUUAAAAUAAUCUUAGCUUGUAUUAGGGAAUUUUAUCAGUUGGCUUUAAAUACUAAACAUUUUCUAUGAGGUGGAAAAGAAAUGAAUUAUUGUAAGUUUCAAAGUUCAUAAUUAUGGUGCAAAAGCUUCUUUUUGGUCACACUGUUCAUCAGAGAACAGCUUCUAUGAAGAAUACAAUAAGAUCAUGGGAAUAAGACUAGAGUUCUUCAACUUGCACUAGAAAAUAGGAACUGCUGUAGAAGAACUGAGAGAUCUGUGAAGUCCAAUAUCUUACCUUUGGUAAUGGGUACAGUAAAACCUCAGAGUUACUAACUGACCAGUCAACCACACAUCUCACUUGGACCCAGACGUACACAAUAAGGCAGCUGCAAAGAUGAAGGGAAAAAGAGCAAAUAAAGUACUGUGUUAAACAAACUACUAAAAAAUAAAGGGAAAACAUUUUUCUUCUGCAUAGUAAAGUUUCAAAGCUAUAUUAAAUCUAUUUUCAGUUGUAAACUUUUGAAAGAACAACCGUAAUGUUUUGUUCAGAGUUACAAACCUUUCAGAGUUACAAACAACCUCCAUUCAAGAUAUGUUCGAAACAGUGAGGUUCUACGGUAAUACCUGAAGUUUAAAAAAAAAUCU